AGCAAAAAUGCCACAAUUUUUCUAAUCAACAUUGUUCUCCGUCAAGCUUCUCCUUCAAAAUUCAUGGGAAACAUCCUGAAUGCUUCAGUUAUGGAAGAUGCUAUCAAAUCGAAUUUUCCAUACAAGAUUGAUAUUGGUGCUGUGUAUAGCGUUGAUCCAGAUAAGAGACAUGCUUAUGCACAUAGUGGAACCAAUUUGUUUACUCCAGUGGAGAGAGAGUUAGUCUUUGAUAUUGAUAUAACAGAUUAUGAUGAUGUUAGAUACUGUUGCUCGGGAGCUGAUGUUUGCUCCAAAUGCUGGCCUUUAAUGACAGUUGCUAUCAAAGUCAUUGAUACUUCCUUAAGAGAGGAUUUUGGUUUCAAACAUAUUCUCUGGGUCUUCAGUGGACGUCGUGGAGUUCACUGUUGGGUUUGUGAUGCUAAAGCUCGAAGGUUGACUAAUGAGCAAAGAUCAGCAGUUGCUGAAUACUUCCGUGUUUAUAAGGGAAAUGAAAACAAUGCAAAAAAAGUCGAUCUUAUGGGUCAUUCUCUUCAUCCGUUUCUUGCGAGAUCAUAUGUGGACUUUCUGAAAAAUUUCUUUGAGGAUGAGUUACAAGCAACUCAAAGUAUAUUCUCAAGCAAAGAAAAAUAUGAGAAGAUACUUGGGAUGAUUACAGAUGAAGAUAUUCAAGCAGACCUCAGAGGAAAGUGGGAGAAUUCUGCGAGAUCAUCUCUAUCAGAAGAAGCCACCAGCCGUUUAAGGUGGGAGCAGCUUAAAAAAACUCUUCAAUCGAAGAAAAACAAGGCUCUAUCACUGCGGACAUGCGUAGAAGAAAUUGUCUUCACCUUUACGUAUCCUCGAAUUGAUUUGGAGGUUUCAAAACAAAUGAACCAUUUGCUUAAAGCACCCUUCUGUGUCCAUCCAAAAACAGGUCGUGUUUGUGUUCCUAUUGACCCGAAUAACUGCGAUGAGUUUGAUCCAUUGGCAGUUCCAACUCUUUCACAGUUAAUAGAAGAAAUCAAUUCAGGUGGCCUCAGAAUGGAUGUGGAUGAUGAUGAUUCAGAUAGAAGUUUACUUGGGAAAUCAAUCAAGUUCUUCAGAUCCUCUUUCCUAGAACCUUUGCUAAAAUCCUGCAAGGAAGAAAUAGAGACUUCAUACAAAGCCAAGAUUGCUAAGACUAAGGAUUCAUUCAGCUGGUGACUAAUGAUUUUAUUGCGGAUUAUAGUCCGCUUAUUUCAGUCUUAGUUUUGGUUUCAGUUUGGUUCAGUUUGUAAUGUACAAGCUUCACUAAGCUUUAUAAUCUAUCAGUAGAAUCUCUUUAUAUUGUUGUGAAUUGUGAUGUUUCUUUAGAAAAUUAAAGCUUUUUAGGUUAU